AUGCGGCCCACUGCCGAUAAAGGUUGCACACACCUGGCCCAUGACCGUUGUCGGGACAAGUUUGACGAAUGGCUCAUUGACCGAAUGUCAGAGAAGUUCCCGAGGAUCCAAGAUCAAAUGAUGACACAGUACGACCGAGAUGUGAUGGAGAUGGAAGCGAAAAAGGAGAGAAGCAUCUGGGUCGUGCUCACUCGUUGGCUUCGCCGAUUCCUCUCGUAUUUCGCGUUCCGAGCUUCCAACAAAGACCGACCUUCCAGUCUAUACGCGAAAUUCAACGAAGAAUUUCAUCGCGUUACGACCAACGCGAUUCGCUCUGAAAACUGCGGCUGCCCUAGGGUUCUCACUUCCGUCUACAUGGACCUCCAAUACCAUUGGCUUUGUGGCGGGAGUCUGGGGAAGGCGGCAUAUUUCUUAUUCAACACAGCCAUGACACAGUUGUACCGCGGGACCCCCUUGGUGGCGCAGGAACAAAUCGAGCGCGGGAUUUCGAUUCUGAACAGAGCAGAGAGUAUGAACGCUGACCGGAGUAGAGAGGACCACUUCGUCUCCCACUUCUCCAAAUUCCUCUGGAUGAGAGCCCAUGUCCUGCUAGGUCAAACAAAAUUCGCACUGGGAUUCAUGGCUGAAGCGAAGGAACAAUUUCUGGAAGCCUUAGAUAUCAUAGGCUAUCCCAUACCCAUGGAUGAUGAGCAGUGUAUGAAAGAGCUCGUACGUCAAGCGUCUAUUCAACGGCAUCAUCGAGGGAAUCCCCAAAAAUAUAUCGCGAGAGAGGACUCCAUUAUUUACCAGGAAGCAUCCACAACUCUCUCUUAUCUGGCGUCCAUUGCCAGCUAUGAAAGGCAGCCAUUGGCAAUGCACCUGUAUGCCUUGACGGGGCUCAACUUCGCGGAAGUAGCAGAUUGCUGCUUCUGUGGACUCAUGCUUUCUUAUUGUGACAUCAUGGAAGUCCUCCUCCUCAAACAUGAUAUCUCUGAAGUGGACGCAUACGAGGCGAAGGCGAUGGAGACUCUGGGGGUACUGGAGAGAUUUCCACUGGAAGUGCAACCGAUCAUAGCUCAUUUUGCAGGGAUCGUGAACACGAAUCGGUUGGGAGCAGGUAGGAUCAAUCUGGCAGUGGAUGCUGGCAUUGGUGCGCUCAACAUCGCCACCAGGAUCAAGGACCCCAUGCUCGUCUGUGCUGCCUUCCCAACCCUUUCCCAGGCUCUCUUGACGGCUUUCGAGAUACCAAUGCUUAGCGAUGUCCUGAAACAAUUCCAAAUUGCAUCCAUGGCCAUCGACGAUCUGGCUUUCAAGAUUCUUUAUUACCUCACCGCCUUCGACGUCAUAUUGGACGCAGGGAUUCCGAUGGAGAACUACGUGAUCUGCGAGAGCAUGUUCCAGCGUUUUUUAUCGGAUCCCGCGUAUUUAGAGCAAAAUUCCAACCACUACCCUCUGCUAGCCUCACUGGCACUUUGGCACUGUCGAUGCAAGCACCGAGAACUCGCCAACCACUUUUUUACGUCGUCACAGAUGAGAAAACCGCCUCAUAUGAACGAUUUCUACCUCAUCAGUGCUUCGUUGAAACUUCUGGAAUGCCGACUGAUUUCCAUGAACGACAUGUUGAAGGUGCGGAAAUACGAGCAUUUCCUCAGUGUCAUCCCCCAAGUUCAGAGUGAAUUCCAGGAGAUCAAGGGAUAUCUCAAGAGAUUUGCAAUCUUCAAGCCCAGACUGCUCUUGUUGUCGGCGUAUCUGACCCGAAUUCGAGGCCAAAUCUCUGCAUCCGAUGCACUUCUGAUCAAAUGUCGGAAUGCAGCUCUUAAACAAGGGAAUCGUCUCGAGGCCAUGAAGGUCUAUUACUUGAAACGAGUGUGGAGCCAUGAGGUCGGGACGGUGGAGGCGAAUCGAUGGCUGGAAAUGAGUCACUUGAGCCCCGUGGAGUGGAAGAAAAGAAAUGAGAAUUCCUGGACUUUCUAUUUUUACCCUUAUCCUAUCCCCUACUGA